AUGGAAAGCAGAAAUACAGUGCUUCCCUCUUUACCAACCAUUAUUUCAAGUAGUUCCAGUUCGCCUUUUCAACUGCAUGCUUUGCCAAAUACAAAUUUCCCUAGUGACGAACAAGGCGUCAUCAGGUUGCCACCUUUAGGUGCAUCUGAGCACGUCGUGAGGCCGGUAGUAAGUAUUUACAAAAGUCCACGCGAUGAGGAAAGGCCAAAAAGGAAGAGUCCACAGGCUGUGGAUUUCUUGUCACAAAGCGUAACUACUUCCAUGACGCCUUUAUCCAAGCCCAAAAAGCUAGGAACUCAUUCGCCUUUCACGCCAACAAUCAGCAUCACUUCCAAAGAGCAACCGACUCAGAGUAUGCAUUCUUAUAAAAAAGUUAAUAUUCUUACACCUUUAUCUGCGGCAAAAGCUAUUCUGACUCCAACCACAAGAAAAGAAAAGAAGAGAUCAUUUGCUUUUAUUACGCAUUCACAGGAAACUUUUCCAAAGAAGGAGCCUAAGAUAGACAACGCUCGAUUAGCUCGUCGGAAAAGAAGAAGAACUUCAUCAUAUGAGCUUGGGAUAUUGCAGACUGCGUUUGAUGAAUGCCCCACGCCUAACAAGGCUAAAAGGGUAGAGUUGUCCGAACAAUGUAAUAUGUCCGAAAAAUCUGUUCAAAUAUGGUUUCAAAACAAAAGGCAAGCCGCUAAGAAGCACAAGAACAACAGUGGCAGUAUCAGUCGUUGCAAGGUUCAUUCUAAUGAUUCAGUCUCUAUGAUAUCUUACUCAGAUGCUGCAUUGGAACUUACCUCUACACCAACGAGUGCAAAGAAAGCUAUUACUGCGGAGUUGUUGAAGACUUCACCUGCAAACACGUCCUCGAUUUUCGAAGACCACCACAUAACACCUUGCAAGUCUAGUGGACAACUCAAAUUUCACGGCAAAUCCAUGCUUGUUAAAAGAACAUUAUCAAGUGCCAGUCAUAGCGAACUGCUCAAAAGUCCUAAAAACAAAGAAAACCGUUUAAAGUUCAAUGCAUACGAAAGGAAACCCCUUGGGGAGAUUGAUCUCAAUUCCUUCAAGAACUAG